UGCAUAUCUCUCACUCUUCCUCGGUGUAAGCUACCAUAAAUGAUUGAUGUUUUUUCAGUCUGUUUCAAGCCUAUGAUGAAUCAGGUUCUGACAGAUGGGCUUUUUUUUCUCUUCUAUCCAUGAAUUAUUAAUUUGCACCACAUAAUCUCUACCAACUGUAACUGAAUUGCCUUUGCCUAUUAUAUGUUCUUCUAUUCUCCACUCCCAUUUCAACCUUUCUUUUUCAUAGCAUCCAUGAAACCAAGAUCACCAUUGAGACGACUUCUGCAAGAGCAACAAGAACCUUUUGAGUUGGAGGAUUACCUUUUCGAGAGAGACUACUCGAUAAAGAGCUUGAAUGGGAGCACUGGCUUUGCCUGCAGCGGUGGAAGAUUAGACAGCAUUAAGAAGUUUGGAAAGGGAUUCGUAAAGAUUAAUAAGAAACUGAGGAAUUCAUGUAAGAAACUUGUUUCCAUCAACAGGAAGCAGAAAACUAAGAAUUUGGGAAACAAUGGUGGGACUUCUAAUGUUGGUUGCAAGAGAGUUGCAGAAUCAGAGAAGUUUUCUUCUGCCAACAGCUCCCCAGAGAUGUUUGGUUCCUUUUCUGGAAAUGAUCAUGAAGAAAUGUCGCCUUCAACGAGAGGACGUCACACUAAUUCAUCAACUUCAGACACCUUCAGGGCUCCAGAAACCUGCAACUUGCAAGUAGUGAAGGUUGCGGCAGGAAAAAAGAUCGUGUCUAGAAGCAUGGAACCAAGGAAGCAGAGUCAAGAUAAUCGACUAUGCAAGGGCAUUCCUCUGAAGAAGAAAGUUACAGAAGACUCGAUUCUAUCAGCCACUCUCUGGGAACUACUACUUUACUCCGCAGCAACAGAGAAAACGAGUAGCAUCGGGACUGCAGAACUGCAGGAGCUUGUAACAUCCAACCCUGCGUCUCAGCUCCUGAUAUCCAAAAGGGUAAUACAUCAGACAAAGCAGCUUCUUUUUGACUGUGUGAGGGAGGUGGUGGAGGCCCAUUCCAAGCGGGGCAGGCACUUGGGGUCUGAAGAAGCCACAGUUGAAGAAGCAAACUUACUGAAUCUACUGAACUCAGAUUUCCUGGACUCAGUAGCAGAAUGGAGGGAUUUGAAGCAGCAGAAGCAACUUAUAGGGACAGAGAUUGGAGAAAUCGUUCUCAAAGAGAUCAUCAAUGAAGUUGUUACUCAACUAAUUGAUAAUCUGUGACCUACUACUACUACCUUCUGCCUUCCCUUAUACUAAGAUUCCCAUACAGAGUUUUUCCAGAUUCAACUGGCUACAAAAAGACCAAAGCAUCCUAUAUAAUCUUGUUUACAAAAAUCUCCCUAGCCCAAAAGAGGGGAGGGCUGUGAAUUUUGUAUUGCAACAAUUAUUACCAGUUAUAAAGUACA